UAGGCGAUUACCAUACCUUUUAUAUACAAAACUUCCAAAUCAAUACCAGAAAAUGUCAUUUUGCUACGCAAUUUUUGGUGCUACAGGCACAAUUGGCUCGUUGUUGAUGCAAGAAAUACUUUCUUGCUCGUCAAACACAACUGUACACGCCUUUUGUCGAUCACGCGAAAAGCUAUUGAAAUGCAUCAACAAUGAAGACCAUAAAGCAAGAGUGAAAAUCUUUGAAGGAUCUCUUGAUGAUAUUGAGCUAUUGCAAAAUUGUAUCAAAGAAGCAAACGUCAUUGUUCUUGCGAUUGCGCCAAAAGGAAACAUACCAAAUAAUCAUCUAGUGGAAAAUACAGCAAAGAAUAUGAUCAAAGCAGUUCAGUCUCUAAAAAAUAUCAAAGCAAAUCGAAUUGUUCUUGUCUCUUCUGCCGGAACAGAACAUCGUUUUAUGCAUGCAAAUUCUUCAGCUCUCUUUUUGGCAAUCUUAGACAGAGCCUUAUUUCACGUAUAUAGAGAUUUAGAAGCUGCUGAAAAAGUACUUCGUGCAAAUGAAUCUUUAAUUCCUUCAACAUACGUCAAACCUUCUGCACUUUCUCAUAAUUUUGGCUAUAAUCCUUACCGAAAACCGUCAGCAAAGAAUGUGUUCAAGCUCGAUUUCCAAAAUGCCAAUUUUCCUUGUUCUUACUUUGAUUUUGUUCAUGGCGUAAUGGAAGUGGCUGACGAAAAGUCGGAUUUAUACGAGAACAAAAGUGUAGCAACAAACUCUAUCGGUAAAGUGAGCUUUCCAAUAGAGGCACCUGUACAACUCUUUGUCGGCCUCGUGGUGUUUUAUCUUCCUUUCCUGUGCAGUUGGAUAUACUGAUUCUGCCUUUUUCAUCUGCACCUCGCUCUUUUUCUAUCCUGUCGAAGGCCAGACUCUUCUUUAUAGCACAGUAUAUUACUCUUUUAUAUCCCUUUAUGAAAUCUGCAUGACAUUAGCGUAAAUAGUGGCUUUUAGAUGAUGCAUCGUUUCGAUUGUUCUCUACUAGCGUUUACGCCCAACGAAUCCGAAACAAAGUAGAAUUGAAUAUUAUGGACGCUAAAUAUAUGCCAAGCCU